CUGAACGCAAUUUCGUGUCGGAUGGUUGUCUUAGCUCGUGUCUCCGCAGUGGAGCAUUCAGUGGAGUGAAUUUCAUCAGUGUUGUUUAUUCAUCUUGAUAAAUGUUCUAAACAGUGUCACAGCAGCACUUGAGUAGCCAGCUGAAGAGCUCACAAUCGCCUCUUGGAAUUUAUUUAUCAUCUCACAGUGUGGUGGCUCUUCUCAAAUACUCCUCUCCAGCAGCCACUUGUGCGCCAAUCCGAUUGUUGCGCAUUCUUUCAGGGACAAAUAACUCCUCAAAUAUUUACUCACGCCGCGAAUUACACCCAUAGAACAGAUUCUACAACUUUUACGGGCUCAUGAGGAGACUGAGCAAUUUGCACUGUAGCGAAGGCCUUAAAGAAGCAUCACUUGAGAUUGGAACGAGGUGAAAAGACGAACAGCGUCUUUGGGAAGAUUUAUAUGUUACACACUUUAGAGAAUCUUCCCAGAUAUUUGGUGGAUAAACAGUAUUCGCAGCGAACAGCUUCUUCCACUGAACAUAUCAGUAGUGAAGGGCAGGAGAUUUUCUAUGAGAAAAUGAUGCCGCCACUUCAUUCGCCAUCCGGAGUCAUUACAGACUCCCAGGGUCUCAUCGUGCCAAAGAAACUCGUGAAUCCGUGCUUAGAAUCCACGGAUCGGCAGAAUUUGCACAGAGAAUUGCUCUUCAAUCAGAAAAUAGGACGAAGCGUGCUGAACCAGAAGUCGGAGCUGCAGCGAGUGCUGGACAAGCAGAAGGAGCGCCAGUUCGUGGCGGUGCAGCAGCAGCAGAGCAAGCUGCAGGAGACGACGGGAUUGGGCGGUGAGCUGGGCCGUGUGAUAAUGCAGCGAGCUCAGCGGCUGGAGACUCUUCAGAAUGCCACCUCCGUGACCGAAGACGAGGACACAGGACGCAUUAAUCCAGAAUAUGUGAAUGCAAGGGCAAAGUUAAAAGCCACCAGCUUCGAUGGGAAGUGAAGGGGAGACGAACAAUUUGACUCUGAUUGAGACCGGGAAAGAUAAUCAACUUUCCCACUGGUUGUAAUUGCAAUUUUUUAAAGAUUUUGUAUCCAUCAAAUUACAUCUUCAUUUCGAGUUAAGUGACAGAAUCUCUAAUUGUGCGUUUCUUUUGCGAUAUAAAUCUUACUUAUUUUAACGUUUAAGUUAUAAAAAUACUUGUAUUGUGUAUACAGAUGCUUUAAAUACUAAUUACGAUUAUGUACCAAGUAUAUUAUUUUUGUAAGUGAUCAACGGCGCCAUGUGAGUGACUGCGCUUGAAACUAUAACAUAAUUUAGUGUAAUUGUGUCCUGAGCAUUGAGCAGAUGAGGAGUUAAGUUUAGGCAGUGCAUCAUAACUUCAACAGUGUCCCCCGAAACAAACAGAAAAUAAUAAUGUUACUACCAAAAAAAAAUCCUCCUUGCAAAGCGUAAUAUUCAGAAAAAUUCUAUAGGAAAAAAGAGUUCUUGCAUGGUUAUUCCUAGAAUAGUACAAAAUCCUCAAAAAUAAGUCGAGUUAUUUGUGCGGAAUGGCAACUGGAGAGAGAAUGAGAGAAGAAUUAUAGUAUUUGUAGAAAUCAAUAGAGAGAUAUUUUUGUAUUCACCUGUGCAAGAGAAUGGGAAAAAAAAAUUGUUAGUAGACAAAUAAAUGUCAAAGUUCCACUUGCAAAUCCAACUGGAUUCGCGAGGGAAGAGUAUUUUUUCACAAUUAUAUACUACAAUUCACUCUUCAAACCCCAAAAAAUUGCAUGUAACUUUAAUGGACUUGAAAAAAGAAAUAAUGAAUGAGGAGCUUGCGAAAUCGAAGGACAUGUGAAUUAGUUUAUUGGAAUGAUGUACACACCAUGAGUAUUUUGUGUAACAACAGGAUAUACUAAUGUAAUUAUAAAUUGAGAAAUCAA